CUUAUAUACACAAGUUCACUCGCAACUACUCUGUAUCCAGGGAAAGGUAGAGAGACAGUGAGAAUGCAUCCUAAAGUGUAUGAGGCUGCAAAAUCGGGAGACUUUGAUUCCUUGAAGACGAUAAUUUUAGGAAAUGGAGAGGACCUUUUCCACCAAACAACGCCAAAAGAGAACAACAUUCUUCACAUUGCGGCUCAAUAUGGGCAGGUAAAUUUCAUUGAAGGUCUUCUUCAAUGUCCAUCAGGAUGGUCCCUUCUUUGGCAGGGUAACAACAGAGGAGACACUCCUCUACACCUUGCUGCUGAAGUGGGUAGCUGCAGAGUGGUGCAAGUCUUCACUGAUUUUGCGAAAUCACUUCAUUGGGUUGUUGAAAACGGACAAGUUGAUGCAUGCAAAGAGCUACUUCGAAAGAAGAAUUUACAGAAGGAUACCGUGCUGCACCAUGCAGUAAGAGGAGGCCAUGAUUUGGUGGUGGAGUUGCUGAUUGAAGAAGAUUCUCAACUGUGUGAUAUUAUUAAUGCUGCCGAUGAGUCCCCACUUUAUCUUGCAGCAGAUCGAGGACUUUCACGUACCACUGAGCUGAUUUUAGGCGCUUUCUCAUGGUCAUCCUCUCAUAAGGGCCCUAAGGGUUUGACAACUCUGCAUGCCGGAAUCUUUCUCUCAUUGACCGUUUGGGAGAAAAUCUUGGAGAAAAGACCAGAAGCGAUCAGAGAAGGAGAUGAUAUGGGGUGGACUCCUCUUCAUUACGUAGCUUACUUUGGCAAAGUCGAAGCAGUUCAACUACUCCUGCAACACGAUACUUCUGUGGCAUGCGACUUAGACAAAUCGGGGGAAUCGGCUCUUCACCUUGCAGCGUUUCAAGGCCAUGCCAAUGUCAUAAACGAGCUUCUUAGAUCCUGUCCUGAUGCUUGUGACAUAAUGAACACCAAAGGGCAAAAUGUUCUUCAUGCAGCUGUUAUCGGUGGACGAAUGAAUGUAGUCAAGUACAUACUACGGAUGUCAAACCUGGAUAAUCUUAUCAACGAACAAGACACAGAUGGAAACACUGCUCUGCAUUUGGCUGCGCUUAAUAGACAAUACGACAUUAUAUGCACACUUGCACGAGACAAGAGAGUGGACCGUUUGGCCAAAAAUAAGGAUCAUUUGACCGCCUGUGACAUGUUUUCUUCUCACGAGGAGGUCGGCUUCAUGGCUGAAAACGUUCAACAUCUGUUGAAAGGAUCUCAUGGAAUCCCGGGUUUUCAAGGCUGGUUUAUGGAGCAUGGUAAGAAGAGGUCAGGCAAGCAAUUUGUUCAGGGUCAACCAUCUGUGACUAUAACCACAGGAAGUAAUGUUGCCAACCGUAAUAAUUUUGAUUUGUCAAAAAGAAGCAUUAUGGAUGUUCAACUACUAGUGGCCGGGCUCAUAGCCACAGUAAGCUUCAGCGUGGUCUUUGCAGUGCCUGGAGGUUAUAACAAUGAUGGACCUGACCGAGGAGUGGCGAUCUUUGCUGGCAGGGCAGAUUUCGAAGCCUUUCAGUUUUUUAACUGCAUAGCUUUCGUUUUCUCCAUCAUGGCAAUAAUCUUCCAUUGUCGAAGUAUUACGUUCAGCUCUAGCCGAGGUCCGAGAUACAUCCCGUUCGUGAGACGUUUCAUUGAAGUUGCGACAUUCGGGAUGGUGGUAGCCUAUUUUUUGGGGACGGAUAUCGCAUCGAAGAGACCCCCCAAGAGUACCAGGGAAAGAAUUAGUUAUUAUGUUGCGCUUGGAGGUCUGCUGACUUUGUGCUUCUUUUUCGAUUUCCCUGACCCCGUCGAGGCUCAUUCGUGGUCCCUAGGUAGCUCUCCCGCAAGAUCAAUCCGAAAGUUUUGGCAUAAGUGUGAGAUACUAAUGUUUGAUUUCCCGGCGAGGCUCUUAUGUUGGUUGCUAGAAAAGCUCACGAGUUGAGCCGGUUGUACAGUCCUGUGAGCUUGUGAACAGGAAUUGUUCUUUAUCAGCCGUCGAUUUCGAGCACUUUUAUGUCAUGUCCAAUUUAAAACCUGUCAACGUCAACCGUUGGAUUGAUUGCCGGCAAGAUUGCCAUGCUCAAGAUGAAAGUUUGUACACCAAUGGAGGUUUGCCUAAGAAUGUGAUGUUUACUAGCAUAUAAUUUGUUAGUGAUAUUUAGAUAUAUACUUAAUUUUGUAUA